AAGUUUAAUAUAAAAUAAGAUAACGUUUAGUUUGUAUCAUAAGGCAAACUUUUUUACAUUACUUGUAUCACUAAAUAUAAUAACUUGAAAAAUAUUAAAACAAAAAUUCUCUCGUGUACGAAGACUCGAACAUGACAUCUGUGGAAAAAGGAAAAAAAGGGACUAAUCAAAUUCCCAGAAGGGGCAUAGGUUAAUGAGAUGCGCUAUAUUUUUGGGUGUUCACUUCCACCCCAAGAUUGAAGCGUUAAUGGAGGAUAUGUGUUCUACUUGGUUAAUAUAAUGUCCUUUUUUACUUUAUUUGGAGAAAUAUGAAAAACCAAGUUUUUUUUUGUGUUCUCUCAAUGCAAAAGGUUCAAUUUUUAAUUCAAAACCAUGAUACAGAGUUGUGGGGCUGCCCUUUUGUUUGGUUAUCUUUUUCAUGUUAUUGAAUCAAGAAACCUCCCUCGGGUGCUAAUCUUUAAGGUUUGCAGGUUUUGGUUUCAGCUUACUGCUAUGGAAAAUGUUCAUUCCAAGAUGCUGAAAGGCGGCUUAUUAUAAAGGAUUGUCCUUUGCCCUUUAGACAUAUUUCCCACUAGUAUAUCAACUUACGGUUUGGCACCGCAGAAAAUAUGCAAGUGAUGAUGAGAAAUCUAGUAGUUCGGAGAAAAUUAUCAGGCAUAAUAAGCAAAUUAAAUUUUCCCUGUGACAUGGGAUGACAGCAGAUAAGAUGGAAGAGAAGACGUUGGUUUGUGGCGAUGUAUUUGACCUUCCUGUAGUCCUCAUGACCUCGAAAGUUGCUAGGCUGGACGGUUAAAAGCAAUGGACCAGAUAAAGUCAUCACAAGAUAAAGAUUCUAAUAUGACAUUGUGCUUCUAAAAGAGGAAGGAACAAGCGGAAGCACGUGAGUUUAUGACCCUCCCUGCCUUAAACUAGAGAAAAAGAGCCCAUUAUCCUGUGGAGAUAAUGUGACCUAAAGGUAAACCAGAUUGAGUAUUUGCAUCUCUGAAGGCUGAGAUAUGAAAGUGGUGCAUGAGGCUUGAACCAUAUUUUCUGACAUUAGAAACGGUUAACAAGAACUCCAUGCUCAUUCAAGGGAACUGAUUAAGUGGACCGUGGGAUUUGUUCAGAUCAAUGCAAGUUAAUCACCAUCUAGCUGGUUACCCUAACCAGGGUCCAGUGGUUCUUAUGCAGCAUGCUCCACAAGUGAGGUCCUCUGGUGUAAGCAACAUGGAAGACACCCCCCAAGAAAUGCAGUUGCUUGGUGCUGUCAGACUCAAUAGAGUUGAGAUGCCUGAAUCGUAUCAUGAGGGUUUGAAUGAUGCAAGAGAAGUCUCUGGACAUACUGAAGGGAAGCAGCCAGUGUAUCAGCGUAUGAAAUGGUCAAAUGACAUGGUUAAGCUUUUGAUUACUGCUCUUUCUUACAUCGGAGAAGAUGCUUUGAGCAAUGGAGUUCUUGUCAAGAAGGGAAAAUGGAGGGCCAUUUCCUGUGUUAUGUCUGAAAGAGGUUAUCGUGUAUCACCUCAGCAAUGUGAGGAUAAGUUUAAUGAUCUCAACAAAAAAUUCAGGAGACUGAAUGAUGUACUUGGGAGAGGUACGGCAUGUAAUGUUGUGGAGAAUCCUGUGCUUCUGGAAAUAAUGGACCUACCUAAUGAUUUGAAAGAGGAAAUGAACAAGAUUUUAGGUAGCAGACAAUUGUUCUAUGAAGAAAUGUGCUCAUACAACAAUCAGAAUAGAUUGUUCCUUCCCCAUGAUCCGGUGGUUCAGCAAUCUGUGUUUUGGGCUGUGAGAGGUAAGUAUAAAUAUGAAACUGGAAGCAUGUCGCAGGAUUUGCCUUUGAAGAGGAAUAUAGGAGGAGAAGAAAGUCUGGACCAUAACACUACAGCAGAUCCAAAUUUGGUGCAGCAUAUGCCUGCAAAAAGGAAAGCACGAGGCGAAGAAAGAAAUUUGCAUAUGGCCCGUUUAUCCCUGAACGGUACCGCUACAUUAGAUCCAGAUCCAAAUAUGCUUUAUCCUAAUAGCAAUGGGAUUCAACUCUCUUUGAACAAGAAGGAGAAAAAAAUACAGGAUGAGCAUGUUCUCCUUCGCUUACAGAAAAUGGAAGAACAAAAGCUACUGAUUCAGGGCAAAUUACUGGAAUUGGAGAAGCAGAGAGUCAACUUGGAGAUUUCCUGCAGUGAAGAAGACAUGGGUUUACAAAAGAUGCAGCUGGAUAAUAAGGUUAUCAAGCUUGAGAAUAAGCAACUGAUGCUUGAACUCAAAUGUGGUGGAAAGCAGCGUUUAGUCUGAAUCAUGUACCAGUGUUGCAGUUUAUGUGGGACAGAGUCAGAAUUUGAACCUUAUGAGUUUGAAAUUCCAUGAUAGAGAUAUCAGAUGUUAGUUACUGGAUCUCGAGUUCAAUUUUUGUGCGUAGUAAGUGAAUUUAUCAACACAAUGGACUAAAGCUACUGGGUUCGAUCGAACCUAAAGGUACCUGUAUUGCUACAUUCUGUAAUAAUCUUCUGUGUGUAUAUAUAUAUAUGCCUCAGUGAGCAUUGAUGCUAUAUCUCCAGCCAGCUUCAUAUCCUCCACCUUCUUUUCUCCGUCUUCUCCGUUAAUCUGCUUGUCAACUGCCGUCACCUCCGAGGGGCGGCCGUGGUAGUCUCCUCCUCUUUUGAUGAAUAUUUUUUGCUUCAAAUAUGAAUAUUACACAUAUAUGGGGAAAGUGAAAUAUAUAUCACAAGUAAUUCCAAUUUUCUGUCUCAGUCGAAGAGAGUUUUAAGGAAAGUAAAUGUGCUAUUUAUGGAAUGUUACUAAUUACCUCAGUUUGGAUGAAUGAACCACAAAAGGGCUAAAUUUUUUUUUGUUGGUAGAAUAACAAAAGAGAAUUAUACCCUUCGGGUGCCCUAGUGGUUUGAGUUUGGGACUUUCAUGUUGGAGGUUUCAUGUGCGAAAUCCCUUGCCAGCGAAAGCUAUGAGUUAGCCUUCCAGGGCAAGCCUGGAGCUGGUUAUCUCUCCCAUGUGGUUUGCAAGUUAUUGCAUAGGAGUGGGGUUUUUACAUGUAUACCUUUAGUCUAAUGUAAGCUACAUUGUAUACCUUAAGAUUAUAUUUACAUUUUUAACCUCCAAACAUAUUUCUAGAAUCCUCACAGAUUGAUUUAAUUUAUCCUUUUUUUCUAAAUCAAUGAACACAUAUGCAAGUUUCUCUUCCUUUCUCUUCAUAUCAAACAUCUCAAAAUAAAUCAAAAUUAAUUAAUUAUCAUUUCAUAUUAUUUAAUGACAGAUAAUAUUACGGUAAGUCAUUAUAACUAAACAAAAUUUGAGGAAUAAAACUUUUAUACUAACCUAGUCUCUCCCGCUUUUACCUCUCUAAUUUACGUCAUGCAUGAUUUCAUUUAUGUAACAAAAACAGAAAAGUAACACUAUAAAUAUAUACAGUUGUGAAUAUAUAACUUUUUAUUUUAUCCAUACAUGUGUAUUCUUCUUUUCUUUUUUCCCUAUUUCUCGUGAUUUUCUUUAACAAAUUUUCACCAUUCCCCCAAAGCCAAAACUCUCUUCUAAACAUUUUUUUUUUUGCUUAAUUUUUAGUAAAAUCUUUUGAUUUUUCAUCUUGUAGAUUAAUCUAUCUGCAUGCAAAACAAGAACGUAAAAA